UGGUUACUCAGCAUUUUUUCGACUUUUGACACGACACAAUGGCAUUUGGCAAAUCAACCGACACCAAAAGGAUUAAAAACGCAGUGCUUGAAGACAAGUUGUGGAAAACCUACAUCGACUCGGAGGAGAAGACCAACCAGAACUGGAAAAAUCGCUGGAAGUGGAUUUUGGAAGAAUACGACAAUUUGCACAAAAAGCUCGACGAGAUUUCGAAAGAUUCGGCCUUUUUGAGCGGCGUUAAUAAAAAUUUGAGGGAGAAGGACCAGAGGACUAUUCGCCCCAUUCCCGAAACGACGAACCAUGAAUACGGGUGGAUCCCCGAAAAGCCCGAAUUUCAGUUAGAGAGGUACGGCCCUGACGUGGACCAGGCGGCCCCUUUGCCGCCAAAUUACGGGAUUUUUAAAGGAUAACUUGAGUGAAUAAAUCAAUGAUUUCCUAUCGGUAAUAAUUACUUGUUAUGUGAGAA